ACUUAGUGGCGAGGCAAUGCGCACGAUAAGCGGUGGACACCCAGCAGGCGUAUCUUAGCAACAUCCAACUCAAAGCCUGCGCAUCCCCCACACUCCCUCGCUCUUACUUCACCCCCUCCUCCACUCCUCGCACCCGAUUCUCUCUCUCUCUCACAUUUUCUUUUCCAAUCUCUAUUUCCCCGGGAAACAAACGGGAAACGAAUAGUAUUUUUUUUUUCUUUAAGAAAUAAAAACUUGUAAUUACGAGUUUUAUUUAUUCUAUUCCCGAACCUUCGUGAAUCGUUUCCCUCUCUCUCUUCUUCCAGAUUGGAUUUUCUCAAUCCUUCGCGGUGCUUCUCUGCUGAUCGUUUUUUUUUUUACCUGCAAUGAAAAGCUUCACAAAAAGUGCUUGAAAUUAGGGUUUCUUGGUUUGGUGGUGGAGCUGAUUGGAGAUGGUGAUUCCGUGGGGUGGACUCAGUUGCUGUUUGAGUGCAGCUGCUCUUUACGUUCUCGGAAGGAGCAGUGGAAGGGAUGCGGAGAUUCUUAAGACGGUUACUCGGGUGAAUCAGUUGAAGGAAUUGGCACAAUUUUUGGAUGCUGGGUGUAUAUUACCUUUGGUUGUCACAAUUUCUGGAAGAGUUGGUUCUGAAACCCCAAUCAGCUGUGAGUUCAGUGGUUUACGGGGUGUAAUUGUAGAGGAAACGGCAGAACAACAUUUUUUGAAGCACAAUGAUGCUGGCUCAUGGAUACAGGAUUCUGCUUUGAUGCUAUCCAUGAGUAAAGAGGUUCCAUGGUAUCUGGAUGAUGGAACUGGCCGUGUAUAUGUCGUGGGAGCUCGAAGUGCAUCGGGUUUUGUAUUACCGGUUGGAAGUGAGGUGUUUGAAGAGUCAGGAAGAUCCCUUGUUCGUGGAACAUUAGACUAUCUUCAAGGCCUAAAGAUGCUUGGAGUCAAGCGAAUUGAACGAGUUCUUCCCACUGGUACUUCCUUGACUGUUGUUGGUGAGGCUGUCAAAGAUGAUGUUGGAACAGUUCGGAUUCAACGACCCCAUAAAGGACCAUUCUAUGUUUCUCCCAAAGCUAUUGAUCAGCUCAUAGCAAAUCUUGGGAAGUGGGCGAGAUGGUAUAAGUACGCAUCUAUGGGUUUGACAGUGUUUGGUGUUUAUCUCAUUGCUAAGCGUACUUUCCAAUAUAUUAUGGAAAGAAGGCGACGUUUGGAGUUGCAGAAAAGGGUUCUGGCUGCCGCUGCCAAGAGAUCAGGGCAAGAUAAUCAAGAUUUAAAUGAAAAGGCUGACAACGAAACAGAUGGUGCCAAAAGAGUAAUGCCAGAUAUAUGUGUCAUAUGUCUUGAGCAGGAGUACAAUGCCGUUUUUGUCCCGUGUGGUCAUAUGUGCUGUUGUAUAACAUGCUCUUCGCACUUGACCAACUGUCCUCUUUGCCGGCGACGAAUCGAGCAGGUAGUGAAGACAUUCCGCCAUUGAUGUUCUGCAUCUAUAAGUUAACCAAUUAUACCAGAUGAUCAGACCUGGAGGAUUGUACUUCACCUUUGGGAAUGUCAAAGGCCUAAAAUGUUCUUCAUCGGGACAAUUUAUCUUCACUAGAUGGGGUAAAAGCUGCAUUCAGCCUUCACUACAGCUUUUUCUGUUAGCGAGUUUGAAACCUACUUGUGUUUGGAGAAAUAUUCCCAACAUGAUUACAUUGUAAUUUAGUGAUUGAUGAGUGUCUUGUUGGGAUCUUCUGAAUUGUAAAUGAUCUACAGCCAGACAACCCUGUAAAUCAAUGUUGCCCAAGUAUGGAUAAAUUUCUAUCAAUUAAGAGAUGCUGUGUAGUUCAUAUGUUCGAUUA